AUGGAUCGGCAGCAAUCUACGGCCUUAGGGGGCAAGAAAGAUGUAUCGGUUGUCAUUUUACAUCCAAAGGGCCGCAUCAGCCCUAUUCAGGAGGCGCAGAUGGCAACCCGCACAGAUAGGAACGUCCACAAUCUUGCUGUGAAGACCUUGAAACUGGGUGCUGUGAACUCGAUAAACUUCGCAAGAAUCCUCGCUCAGAUUGUCUUCUACUUCUACUCCUAUUUCUCACUUGCAAGAAAGUCCCCUUCACUCAACGUUGGUGACAAGGUCCGAUUUGUCACACCGACUGGAAUCUUUGGAAACAUACUCGAGGGCUUUUUCGCAAAAUUGGCCUACCAGUAG